AUGGCGACUAAAUUCACUUCGUUUCCCAGCCGGCGCAGUGUCGUCCACAGUCUCAACGGCAUCGUGGCGUGUACUCAGCCACUAGCAGCCGCGGCAGGACAAAACAUUCUCAGAGAAGGCGGAAAUGCUGCAGACGCUGCGGUUGCAGUCGCUGCGUGCUUAAAUGUUACGGAACCAUGGUCGACAGGAAUCGGCGGCGACAUGUUUUGCUUGUUCUACGAUGCCAGGAAGAAGUCCAUUGGAGGCCUCAAUGGAUCGGGCCGCUCUCCGCAAAGUCUCUCCCUAAAGGACGUCAGGCAAAGACUGGGCUUUUCGACACAUGAAUAUGGAAGUAUCCCGCUCACGAGUCCCUAUGCUGUUACCACGCCAGGCGCGCCUGCUGCUUGGGUCGAUACAGUCGAGAGGUUUGGAAACGGAAAACUUUCGAUGAAGGACAUCCUCGACCCGGCGAUUGAAUUGGCUGACAGUGGAUAUCCAGUGUCGGAGAUAGCAGCACAUUAUUGGAAAGAUUAUGAGCAAUCUCUGCGAGACGCCUCUCCAAACUUCAGAGAAAUGCUGAAGCGCGAUUCUAGUGCGCCCGAUGGAGCACGCGCUCCCCGGACAGGCGAGAUCAUGACCAUGCCUACUCUUGCAAAUACAUUUCGUCAGCUUGCCUCCCGAGGCAAAGCUGGGUUUUACUCUGGUCCUAUCGCCGAAGCCAUUGAAGAAGUCAUGAGAGAUCGCGGAGGAUAUCUCACAAAGGGAAGUGAGCUUGUCCAGCCUGUAUCAUUGCGCUUUACCUCUACGGCAAAUCCUCCCCGAGCUGUUGAUAUCUGGGAACAUCCCCCGAACGGCCAAGGAAUCGUCGCUCUGAUGGCCCUUGGGAUCGUCCAAGAACUGCGGAAGUCCGGAGCAGUCUCACGCAUGCCCCCUCAUAACUCAGCUGAGUAUUUACAUUUGAUUCUUGAAAGUCUGCGGAUUGCGUUCGCCGAUGGAACAUGGUGGAUAUCGGACCCCGAAUUCAGCCCGACGCCUGAAUUGCUGUCAGCUUCGUAUCUGUCAUCCCGUGCCACUUUGUUCCGUCCAGAACACGCAUCUAAUUGUUUGGAACGAGGUAGCCCGGCCCUCCGAUCAAGCGACACAGUCUAUUUCGCCGUGGUGGACAGCGAAGGCAACUCCGCGUCAGUCGUGAACAGUAAUUUCUACGGAUUUGGCAGCGCGAUCAUCCCUGCCAACUGUGGGUUCGUCUUACAGAGUCGCGGAGCCAUGUUCUCGCUCGAGGCUAGCCAUCCCAACGCCCUGGAACCGGGGAAGCGCCCGUACCAUACUAUCAUCCCGGCUCUGGCGACGAAUCCUGAUGGAAGUCUCUACGCCUCGUUCGGGGUGAUGGGUGGCUUUAUGCAGCCGCAGGGACACGUCCAAGUCCUCCUGAAUAUGCUGGAGUUCGGCAUGAGUCCUCAGGAAGCAUUAGAUGCGCCGCGGGUGUGUAUAUCCGGCGGGAUUCCCGAAGCGGAUGGAAAGGUCGACCUUACUGUCAAUGUGGAAGAAGGAAUAGGUGCCGAGGCAAGAGAGGGACUUGAGAGGAGGGGGCAUCGUGUUCGGGUUCGAAAGGGCUGGGAAAGAGACAUUUUUGGUCGUGGUCAGAUUAUUCGUAGUGCCGCUCACGAGGGACGGUGUGUUUUUAGUGCAGGAAGUGAUUUUCGCGGCGAUGGGUUGGCUAUACCCGUUUGA